AUGGAUUGGCUUCUUUUCAGAAACAUUUGCCUUUUGAUCAUCUUAAUGGUGGUACUGGAAGUAAACAGUGAAUUUAUUGUCGAGGUAAAAGAAUUAGACAUUGAAAAUGGCACUACAACGUGGCAAACAGUCAGGAGACAAAAACGGGAGUGGAUCAAGUUUGCUGCAGCCUGUCGAGAAGGAGAAGACAACUCCAAGAGGAAUCCGAUUGCCAGAAUUCGAUCAGAUUGCGAAGUGAACCAGAAGAUUACAUACCGAAUCUCUGGAGCAGGGAUUGAUCGACCACCUUAUGGAGUGUUCACCAUUAAUCCCCGGACUGGAGAAAUUAAUAUCACUUCAGUGGUAGAUAGAGAGAUAACUCCACUUUUCUUGAUCUACUGCCGGGCUCUGAAUUCACGGGGUGAAGAUUUAGAGAGGCCUCUUGAGCUCAGAGUCAAAGUUAUGGACAUAAAUGAUAACCCCCCAGUCUUCACACAAAACGUGUACACAGCCAACAUUGAAGAAAACAGUGAUGCCAAUUCACUGGUUGUUAAGUUAAGUGCCACAGAUGCAGACGAAGACAAUCAUCUGAAUUCUAAAAUCGCCUACAAGAUCAUUUCUCAGGAGCCUGCUGGUACACCAAUGUUCAUGGUGAACAGGUACACUGGAGAAGUCCGCACGAUGUCCAAUUUCCUUGACAGAGAGCAACACAGUAUGUACAACCUACUCGUGAGGGGCUCAGAUCGGGAUGGAGCCACAGACGGACUGUCUGCCGAGUGUGACUGUAGAAUCAAGGUCCUAGAUGUCAACGAUAAUUUCCCUAUCUUAGAGAAAACUUCAUAUUCAGCAAGUAUUGAAGAGAAUUGUUUGAGUUCUGAACUGAUAAGAUUACAAGCAAUUGAUCUUGAUGAAGAAGGCACUGAUAAUUGGUUGGCAAAAUAUUUAAUCCUCUCCGGAAAUGAUGGGAAUUGGUUUGAUAUUCAAACAGAUCCACAAACCAACGAAGGAAUUUUGAAAGUCGUUAAGAUACUAGAUUAUGAACAAAUGCCUAAUGUUCAUCUCAGCGUCGGAGUUAAAAACCAAGCUGAUUUUCACCACUCGGUUGCUUCUCAAUUCCGAAUGCACUCAACCCCUGUGAGAAUUCAGAUCAUCAAUGUGAGAGAAGGACCUACAUUUCAGCCAAGUUCCAUGACUUUUAGUGUACGAGAAGGAAUAAGAGGGGAUUCCUUAUUGAAUUAUGUGCUUGGCACAUACACAGCCAUAGAUUUGGACACAGGAAAUCCUGCAACAAAUGUCAGGUAUCUCAUAGGGCAUGAUGCAGGCAGCUGGUUAAAAGUUGAUUCAAGGACUGGUGAGAUACAAUUUUCUAGGGAAUUUGAUACGAAGUCAAAAUAUAUUACCAAUGGCAUGUAUACAGCAGAGAUCCUGGCAAUAGAUGAUGGCUCUGGGAAAACUGCAACUGGAACCAUAUGUAUUGAGGUUCCUGAUGCCAACGAUUACUGUCCGGUCAUUUUUUCUGAAAGAAGAACCAUCUGCAUUGAUUCCCCAUCAGUCCGUAUCUAUGUUAGUGAUCAAUCUUUUGGGUCUCCCUUUACCUUCUGUAUUGUUGAAGAAUCAUCAGAAACAACUAACGUAUGGGACCUCAGACCAAUAAACGAAACUUCUGUGAUCCUUAUGACUGAGCAGACUUUAUCUCCAGGACUUUACCAGAUCCCAAUCCUAGUGAAGGACAGCUAUAACAGAGCAUGUGAAUUGCCACAGGUUGUGCAGUUAGAGGCCUGCUCAUGUGACAACAGCAUUUGCUUGGACUCUAGCACCACAGGCAUCUACACUGGGGAUGUCAGCUCGGUUACUGACGACAUUUAUGUGUCCGCCACUGAUGAUCAAGUUGAAGAGUCAAAUGGACUUGGACCAGGAGGAAUAGGCAUGAUCGCCACGGGCGCCUUACUUCUGCUUUUGUCACCUCUCUUGCUGCUCACAUGUUGUUGCAAACGAAGACAGCCAGCAGGCCUGGGGACAAGGUUUGCUCCUGUGCCUGAGGGGGGAGAAGGAGUGAUGCAGUCCUGGAGAAUAGAAGGGGCCCAUCCAGAGGACCGGGAUGUGUCAAAUAUAUGUGUGCCCAUGACAGCUUCUAAUACACAAGAUCGUAUUGAUUCCUCUGAAAUCUACACCAACACCUAUGCGGGAGGAGGAACAGUUGAAGGGGGUGUGUCAGGAGUGGAACUCAAUGCAGGUGGUGGGACCACCACGGGCCUGGUAGCUGGAGGAGCAGCGAUGGGAACCUUAAGGAAGGGGAGUUCUGCCAUAGGCACCCUGCGGGAAUACCAAGACACAGGCAUGAACAUGGCUUUCUUAGACAGCUACUUCUCCGAGAAAGCAUAUGAGUAUGCAGAUGAAGAUGAAAGCCGACCAGCCAACGACUGCUUACUCAUUUAUGACCAUGAGGGUGUAGGGUCUCCUGUGGGCUCUAUCGGUUGUUGCAGUUGGAUUGUGGAUGACUUAGAUGAAAGCUACAUGGAAACUUUAGAUCCAAAAUUUAGGACUCUUGCUGAAAUCUGCUUAGACACAGAAAUUGAGCCAUUUCCUUCACACCAGGCCUGUAUACCUAUCAGUACUGACCUUCCUUUGCUGGGACCAAAUUACUUUGUUAAUGAAUCUUCAGGAAUGACUCUCUCGGAGGCUGAAUUCGAAGCAGAAAUGGCAACAACGUGUGAACCCAUGAUUCAUGGGGAUAUCAUAGUGACGGAGACUUACACUACUGCUGAUCCAUGUGUACAACCCACUACAAUUGUUUUUGAUCCUCAGCUUCCUCCCAAUGUUGUAGUCACCGAAACUCUGAUGACACCUGUCUUUGAUGUUCAAGGUAAUAUUUGUGUACCUGCUGAGCUAGCCAACACACACAAUGUGUACUAUGCUGAGAGAGUGAUGGCCAGUCCUGGUAUUCCUGACACAAACAAUAGUAACAUGGCUGAUGGUUGCAUGGGACCUGUGAUGAGUGGAGGUAUUUUGGUAGGGCCAGAAAUUCAAGUGACACAAAUGUGUCCAGACAUUCACAUAAGCCAAACCAUUGACUCUACAUCCCCAAUGACAUCUAGACACAGAGUAACACGAUAUAGUAACAUACAUUACUCCCCACAGUAA